AUCGUUUUCCAUGUCUUUGGCAAUACAGCUUUUAAAAGUUUACGCGUUUUUAACAGUAAUACAAUAAUAUAUUCGUAUGGAAAGCGAAAAAGUGCUUUGUGUUGCCGAAAAACCUUCAGUAGCAAAAGAAAUAGCUAAAAUUUUGUCCGGGAAUCGUUUUGUAAUGAGAAAUUCUAGAAUAAAUUAUAUAAAGAAUUAUGAAUUCAAGUGUCAGUUGAAUAGUAAAGAAGUCCAAGUAAUAAUAACUUCAGUUUGCGGACAUAUCAACGCACUCGAUUUUCCUAGCCAAUAUGCCAAAUGGGAAAGUUGUUCGCCAACUGUUUUAUUCGAUGCGCCUAUUAUUAAAAAAACUAUUGAUGAGAACGCGGAGUGUAUAAGAGAAAACAUCUUUAACAUAGCGCAUUCCGUAAGCCAUUUGAUGAUAUGGACCGACUGUGAUCGAGAGGGCGAAAAAAUUGGUUCGGACAUUGUAGACAUUUGUCGUAUGGCCAAUUCUGACAUAGUUGUAUCACGUGCAAGAUUUUCAGCAAUUAUACCACCACAAAUUAAGCAAGCAUGGGAAUCACCUGUGCAACUUGAUAUGAAUCAAGCCGAAGCAGUCAACACUAGAAUGGAAUUAGAUUUGCGUAUCGGAUACGCAUUCACUAGAUACCAAACAUUAGGUUUAAGGCAAAUUUUUCCAGAACUAGGAAAUGGAAUAUUGAGCUAUGGCUCAUGUCAAUUUCCAACACUAGGUUUUGUUGUUGAGAGGUACAAAGCUGUCGAAAAUUUUGUUAAAGAAAAAUUCUGGAAAAUACAUGUUGUAGUAGAUCGAGAUGACACAAUAGUUAAUUUUAAUUGGGAUAAGGGUGUAUUAUUUAACGUAAAUUGUUGCAAUGCAAUAUAUUGUGAUUUGAUGAUGGACCAGCCAGUAAUAGCAACUGUAGUAGAAGUUGUUACUAAAGAGACGAGAAAAUAUAAGCCAUUUCCGUUAACUACAGUUGAAUUACAGAAAGCAGGAUGCCGGUUCUUACAUAUUUCAUCUGCCGAAAUCAUGAAAAUUGCGGAAGAUUUAUAUAAUAAAGGUUUUAUAAGUUAUCCGAGAACGGAAACUGAUCAAUUUGAUCAUCAAUUUAACUUUAAAGAUUUGAUACAAGCACAAUCACAGGAUCCAAGAUGGGGAGAUUUCGCGUCAAGCUUGCUUGACAAAAGGAUAACUACAAGGAAAGGUAAACAUAAUGAUCAAGCUCAUCCUCCAAUACAUCCGGUCCAGUAUGCAACAGGAUUAACCGGCAAAGAAAAGACUGUAUAUGAAUUUGUUGUUCGAAGGUUUUUAGCUUGUUGUUCGGAUGAUGCUAAAGGAAAUGAAACUACUGUUAAGAUCAAAAUCAAGGAAGAAUAUUUUACUGCUAAAGGACUUGUUAUUACAGAAAACAAUUAUUUGGAUGUAUAUCCAUAUGAUCGUUGGAGUGAUAAAAACCUUCCAAAUUUUAUUCUUAAUGAAACGUUUACACCAAAAGAAUGUACGAUGGAAGAAGGUGAAACAACGCCACCGGAAUAUUUAACCGAAGCAGAACUUAUUAACACUAUGGACAAAAAUGGUAUUGGUACCGACGCAACAAUUCAUGAACACAUCAAAAAAAUAAUUGAUCGUGAAUACGUUGAGAAACAAGAUCAAGGAAACAAAACCUAUUUAAUCCCAUCUAAUUUGGGACUCGCUAUUGUUGAGGGAUAUGAUUCUAUUGGUUUUAAUGAAUCUUUGACUAAACCCCUUUUAAGAGCAAAAAUGGAGCAAAACCUAAAGGAAAUAUGUGAAGGAACGCGAGAGAAAAAUGAUGUUUUGACUGAAAAUGUUAACAAAUAUCGUGAUAUGUUCUUAGUAACCCAUAAUAAUUUGCAGCUUCUGAUUGGAGGGUUUGCGAAAUAUUUUACUUCUGGAACAGAUGAUGUUCAUAGAGUUUUUAACGAUAUAAUUAAUGUUGAAAAUCCAAAAUUAGUUAGAUGGUGCCGUGACUCAUGGCCUAUGUAUUUGAAGAAGAUACAAAAUAAUUGGAUCAUAUCAUGUAUUAAUUAUCCGAAUUGCAAUUAUGAUGGUUUCUUUUUCAAUAGUCCCAACUCAAUAAAGAGCAUUACAGUUAACAAUGAAGUAUGUUCAAUAUGCUCGAGGAACCCCCUUCAACCUGUUUAUUAUCUUACUAUUGUAUAUCGUACCAACAGGAUCAUAAGAGGAUGUUUUGGAGGCUGCGAUGAUAAUAUGGAUAUGCUGCUAUCAAGAAGUAGUGGUACUAAUAACAAACCCAGAAAUAUCGAUGCUGAUAGUAAUAGUAGAAGAGGUCGCGGUUCCGGAUCAGUAACUCGUGGGCGUAGUUCACGUGAUGAUGGCGAAAAUGAUAUACAAGGAACUCGCGGUUCUCGUGGCUCUCGUGGCUCUCGUGUGAGUAAAAGAGGAGGUCGAGGUUCCCGUGGCCGUGCUGGUCGCGGUUUUACAAGUGCACGUGGUAGUGGUAGGGGUAGGGGUAGGGGUAGGGGCAGGGGUAGGGGCAGGGGCAGGGGCAGUAAUGAUGGUAGUUAUGAUAAUGAACCGUUAAAUAUAGAUAAAUGAAAAAUCAUUUAUUCGCUUUAUAUACUUUAUAUGUAAAUAUUUUAUACUUUUAAAUUAAUCCGAAUCUAAUAAAGAUGAGUAACAAUUUUAUUCGUCGCAGUUAAUAUACUGCUAAUCAGUGAUUAACUGAUUAUGAAUCGAAUUCUGGAUGACAAAUCAA